UUUAGAAAGGAAGGUUGAGUGAGGAAGCUGCAGACUCCUGUGUGUGAAACGAAGAGCUGAGGAGGUGACUGCAGGGUAGCGUGAUGGCAGGGCGGGUGCUCUCCGCCCCUCUCCCUCUUCUUUUGCUCCUCCUGGUGGGAGUGCUUCCUGUGGCCCAGGGCUCUGGCUACCUGUCUGGAUAUCGCCUGAGGUCUCGCCUGCAGAGGGACCGCCACAUCCGUAACAUCCGACCCAACAUCAUCCUGAUCCUCACUGACGAUCAGGACAUAGAACUGGGCUCAAUGCAAGCCAUGAACAAAACCCGGCACAUCAUGGAGAAGGGUGGCACGCAUUUCUCAAACGCUUUCUCCACCACGCCCAUGUGCUGCCCGUCCCGCUCCUCCAUCCUGACAGGGAAGUACGUGCACAACCACCACACCUACACCAACAACGAGAACUGCUCGUCACCCUCGUGGCAGGCCCACCACGAGCCGCACACCUUCGCCGUGCACCUCAACAACUCUGGCUACAGGACAGCCUUUUUUGGAAAGUAUCUGAACGAGUACAAUGGCUCCUAUGUGCCCCCUGGCUGGAAGGAAUGGGUAGCACUGGUGAAGAACUCACGCUUCUACAACUACACCCUCUGCAGGAACGGAGUACGAGAGAAACACAGCAGCAGCUACUCAAAGGACUACCUGACAGACAUCAUUACCAACGACAGCAUCAACUACUUCCGUAUGUCCAAGAGGAUGUACCCUCACCGCCCUGUCAUGAUGGUCCUGAGCCACGUUGCUCCGCACGGUCCAGAGGACUCCGCCCCCCAGUACAGCUCUGCCUUCCCCAACGCAUCACAGCACAUAACCCCCAGCUACAACUAUGCCCCCAAUCCAGACAAGCACUGGAUCCUCCGCUACACAGGACCUAUGAAGCCUGUCCACAUGCAGUUCACUAACAUGCUGCAGCGCAGGAGGAUGCAAACCCUGCUGUCUGUGGAUGACAGUGUGGAGAAGGUGUACAACAUGUUGGCGGAGACAGGGGAACUGGACAACACCUACCUCAUUUACACCUCAGACCACGGCUACCAUAUUGGCCAGUUUGGCCUGGUCAAGGGCAAGUCAAUGCCUUAUGAGUUUGACAUCCGUGUUCCCUUCUACGUGCGAGGACCUAACGUGGAACACGGCGCCAUUAAUUCUCAUAUAGUGUUGAACAUUGACUUGGCGCCGACUCUGCUUGACAUGGCCGGCGUUGAUAUCCCAGCAGAAAUGGAUGGCAAGUCUAUCCUCAAGCUGCUGGACACAGACAGGCCAGUCAAUAGGUUCCAGUUGAGCAGGAAGGGAAAAACAUGGAGAGAUUCUUUCCUUGUGGAAAGAGGGAAGCCUCCACACAAGAGAGCCGAUGGGAAGGAAAUGGCCCAGGAGGAGAACUUCCUGCCAAAAUACCAGCGGGUGAAGGACCUGUGCCAAAAAGCAGAGUACCAGACCUCCUGCCAGCAGCCAGGACAGAAAUGGCAGUGUGUGGAGGACCCGACUGGCAAGCUGAGGCUGUAUAAGUGCAAGGGCAUGGCUAGUCUCUAUGCCCCACGUAUGCAGGCUCUGAUGGCCAGCGGUGCCUCCCAGCUAUCUCUCGCAUCCAACUCAGAGAGCUGUAACUGUGGGGAUGUGGGCAUCAAAACAUCAGUCCUGAAGAGAAAGAGGCUGUUCACCAAAAAGAAGAUGAAAUCCAGUAAGAGUGUCUCUAGGAAGCGCUGGGCUCGGUCUGUAUCAUUUGAGCUGGAUGGAGACCUGUACGCCGUGGACCUGGAGGAGGGCUACCGGCCCCUGGGAUCCAGGAACAGCAGCUGGACCAGAGACAGGAGGAGAGGAGUGGGGAAUGAGGAGGACAACGAAGAGUUCAGUGGUAUGGGGGUCACAGCCAAACCCACCACCAGCAGCAGACUCACACCGCCUGCUGCUCUUAAAGUCACAUACAGGUGCUCCAUUCUUAUGAAUGACACAGUAAAGUGUGAUGGAGGACUCUACAAGUCCCUUCAAGCAUGGAAAGACCACAAACUACACAUCGAGCAUGAGAUUGAAACACUGCAGACCAAAAUCAAGAACCUGCGUGAGGUAAAAGGUCACCUGAAAAAGGUGCGACCAGAGGAAUGUCAGUGUAACACUCCCAGUUAUCUCCUGAAGAAUAAAGAGACUUUCAGGCUAAACGCAGGACGCAUGCACUCACUUAGGAUGCCGUCCAAGCAGAAGAGUCAGUGGCUGCAGAAGGAGCAGAAGCGCAGAAAGAAACUACGUAAAUUCCUGAAAAGGCUCCAGAACAAUGACACCUGCAGCAUGCCUGGCCUCACCUGCUUCACCCAUGACAACCAUCACUGGCAGACUGCCCCCUUCUGGACAAUGGGUCCAUUCUGUGCAUGCACCAGUGCCAACAACAACACAUACUGGUGCCUCAGGACCAUCAAUGACACACACAACUUCCUGUUCUGUGAAUUUGCAACUGGUUUCCUGGAGUAUUUUGACCUCAACACUGACCCAUACCAGCUGAUAAAUGCUGUCAGCACCCUCGACCGCAACGCUCUGAAUGCAAUGCAUCAACAGCUCAUGGACUUAAGAGGCUGCAAGGGACAUAAGCAAUGCAACCCGGAGAAGGGAGGAAAGGAGCGAAACUACUUCAGUGAAUACAGGCCAGUUCAUCGUCGAAAGAGGCCAAAAGUGAAGAAGCCUUCCUCCAAAUCGCUAGGGCAGAUUUGGGAAGGGUGGGUUGGUUAACCACCUGCAUUCCAC